UUCCUGAUCGUGGUGGCCGAACCUGGGAGCAGGAGCCACCACCUCCCGAAAUGCCAAGUUUUAUGCAGCGCCAAGGAGGGGGUGGUGGUCAAUUUGGAGGCAGAGGGGGUGGCAGUCAAUUUGGAGGCAGAGGGGGUGGUUUCGGAGGAGGACGUGGUGGAGGAGGUGGUGGGUUUGACGGUGGGGGGAGUGGGGGUGGCUAUCGUGGAGGUCGUGGUGGCGGUGGAGGUCGAGGUCGAGGUGGAUACCAAUCUGGUGAGCCUUGCUUUAUUUACUGCUAUUUCCGCCGUUUUUCCAUUGUAA